AUGAACGACGACGUACGACUCCGCCAUUUGGGACAGGAUGAUAAUGACCCUCGUGCCACCAUGAAAGAUGUGGAUUUUCCAAGCGCCAUCUUUACCCAGAGCAAUUGGAACGGUCGAGUAUCUCGUGAGAGCUGGUAUGGGAAGCAUGGUCCAUGGCAUCGGGUUUUCUUUUUUGCCAUGCUGUCGAGUUGGGCGUGGACGCUGUACAUGUUUUUCUCGCUCGCCUUGAAGAAUAAUGAAGACAGCAUUCCCCUUCUCUUGGCCACGUCGGAGCAGGAAUUGAAUGCCAUUAAAGAGUCCCAUGGUCUUUGUUUGGAAUCGCUGUGUCAAGAAAUUGGACGAGGCAUUGAUGUGGAUUGUGUGGUCAAUGAAGAUGGCAAGACGGGUCGUACGGAAUUUGGAGCGAAUGUUCCCUCGCAAAUAUUCUUUCCCAAAGCGUGUCACGAUGCUACCGAAGCUACCUUGGGAUUUCCGUUUUUGGAUGGAGAUGAGGAAAUGGGGAUCGCACCAGUUGCUUUUAUCUCCGUGGCCAAAGAUCCCAACAUGGGUCAGAAUGAAACGGUCGCCAUGUUGGAGGCACAGAAAUCACUCUUGACGCUACUGCCAGAGUGUGCCAUUGUGGUCAAUGCGGCAGCACCGGUAGUUUCCCAAGAGGAAAUGGAAUCCAUUAAAGAAAGCCUCAAGUUCAAUAAUAAUGACCACGGGGAAUGGGAUAAGCUAUUCGAAGAAUUGAAUCAACAAGAACCACAACCACUCGAAAUGGCACUCACGUUGGAUUUGCUCAGCUUGACAUCCCAGCAACAAUAUACACCCGGCCAUCGAGAAACACACGUCUUGAAAAAGCUAUUUUGUCCCGAAGAUAUGCCACCCGAAGUACAACAAAAAGUCAUUCCAACCCUGCAAGUGAUCUACACAUUCUUUAUGGAUUACCGCAUUGAAAUGUUGAUCAUGUUUCUAUUCGCAUCCCACAGUGUCCUGUCGGUUGGAACCGUGUGUUGGCUCGUUGUGCGGCUCAUCUUGCCCGCCAUGCUCAUGAAAAAAUUUCUGUCGUGGCCUCAUCAUGCCAGCAAUAUUAUUUCCUUUUGGGAUAUUUGGAGAACGUUAAUUCUUCUCUGCAUGGUCUCCAGCUAUGGACUCUCUUCUCCCGUCUUGUCGGUAGUACUCGCAUUGGGAGCUUGGGUCCUUUGUGGAGAUACGACUGCCGCCAUGGAAUGGGCAUUUCUAGGGUGUUUGGCAUGGAGUGCCGAUGAUAUGAUUUUCCCCUUUUUGGACACGUGGGUGGGAGACCCAAUGUCGCAAAUCAAAGGAAUGCGAAUACUGAAUUUUGUCAUUAAUUCCGUCGUGGUGGGUGAAGGAUGGUGGAAACUUGUCACGAUAUACGUGAUUGCAAAGUCCUACCAGGGUUUGAAUGCAAAACAACGACAAUCAUCCAAGAAUGCCCUGGAGCAAACACAAAUCAACCUGCAGGGUGUCACGAACCAUAAUGGUCCAACUGCAGUGAAUGGAGAGCACGCCAAAAUGGACUAA